AUGACCGCUUUUGCUUCGACAUCUCGCGGGCUACUCUCGCAGUCCAGUUCCGCCAACGAUAUGAACCGGACAAGGCGGAUUCGCGCCAAAGAUGGCGGGGGCGACGCCACCAUCAUCAGUAGCAUAAUCAAUCUGCUUAAUACGAUCAUUGGUGCCGGUACGCUUGCCAUGCCUGCUGUUAUGGCCAAAAUGGGUGUCACCUUGGGGGUUUUCAUGAUCCUUUGGUCCGGCCUCACCGCAGCCUUCGGCCUCUACCUCCAUCGCGCGGAAGAGAUUCCAUAUCUAGUAGAUCGAAAGUUCUGGAUCACUGCCUUCAUGCUACCUGUCAUCCUUCUCGCUUUCUUAAAGCGCCUCGACUCGUUGAAGUACACAAGUGUCAUCGCCUUGGUAUCGAUCGGCUAUCUCGUCAUCUUGGUCGUUUACCACUUCCUGGUCGAUGAUCUGAGUCAGAGGGGCCCUAUCCGGGUCAUCGAAUGGGAGGGGCCUGUUUCAAUGCUCAGCAGCUUGCCCGUUGUUGUUUUUGCAUACACCUGCCACCAGAAUAUGUUCUCAAUUCUGAACGAAUUGUCGGAUGAUUCCCCUAGUGGCGUCAUUACUGUCAUAGGCUCGAGUAUCGGUUCGGCUGCUAGUGUCUACACUCUCGUGGCUAUCACUGGAUAUCUCACCUUUGGUAACGAUGUCGCUGGCAACAUCGUCUCCAUGUACGGCUCCUCGGUGGCAUCAACCCUAGCCAAGGCGGCUAUCGUUGUUCUGGUCACAUUUUCCGUUCCUCUUCAGAUUCAUCCCUGUCGCGCCUCGAUAGAUGCUGUGGUAAACUGGAGACCCAACGGUGGCAGAAACAAGCCUUCUGCCAACGCUCCAGGCAGCCGACCCCUCCUUCCUUCGGCAUCCAACGAUGCCGGUAGGCAAGACCAUGGUGGCUCUCAUGGCAUUUCAGAGUUGCGCUUCGCAGUCAUUACCACUGUGAUCAUCGUCCUAAGCUACAUCACCGCCUUGUCAGUUAGCAGUCUCGAUCGCAUGCUUGCAUAUGUCGGUAGCACUGGCUCGACAAGUAUCAGCUUUAUCUUGCCAGGUCUCUUUUAUUACAAGAUCAGUGACCCAGAGGGUAUCCACCAUCAACGUAUGACCAAAGAGAGCGACGAUCUUGACUCUACGGACUCUGACCAUGGAGAUGAUACGGUAAUGGCCACUAGCGUUACGAGCUUGAGAAGCAUGGUGAGCACGGCUAGCGCGAGCCUUUCUCUUCGCCGCUGGCGCUCGUGGAGAUGGGACCUCGAGCACCUCGACCACGGUCUCCUCCGGAAAUUGGCCCUGGCGCUCUCCGGCUACGGUGUCAUGGUCAUGGUUGUCUGUCUCGUCAUGAACACAUGGUUCAGUGUUACUCAUUAG